AAAGAGGAUGAUCUUGGCUGUCAAAUGGGACAUGACCAUAUAACCAUAACGUAUUCAUUCUUGAUUCCAUGUUUUUGGAGGAGGAUGAGUUGUUAAAUAAUUUUCAUUUUCUUACCAUAAUUAUUCUAAUAAUUUCUUCAAACAAAACACUCAUCAACGUUAUAAAUACAGUAAGAAGGAUGAGGAAGGAAUCAUUAUUCUCAAAGAGGAAAAGAAAUGGAGGCCUUCAAUCUUCCUCCUUUACUUCUCUCAUUCUUUCUUUUUGCUCUUUUGCAAACAUCCACCAUUGCAGCCAAGAAGUCUUAUAUUGUUUACUUGGGAUCACAUUCACAUGGUUUGAAUCCUUCUGCGGUUGAUCUCCAACUUGCAACACAAACUCACUAUAAUCUACUUGGAUCCGUGUUAGGAAGUAAUGAAGCAGCCAAAGAAGCAAUCUUUUACUCGUACAAUAGACAUAUCAAUGGUUUUGCAGCUGUUCUUGAUCAGAAAGUUGCAGAAGAUGUAGCAAAGCGUCCUGAUGUUGUAUCAGUAUAUGAAAACAAAGGACUAAAACUGCACACGACACGAUCAUGGAACUUUCUUGGAGUUGAAAAUGAUGGCGGAAUUCCUUCGAACUCACUUUGGAACCUUUCAAGAUUUGGUGAAUCUACAAUCAUUGGCAACCUUGACACAGGUGUUUGGCCAGAAUCAAAAAGCUUUAGUGAUAAAGAAUAUGGACCUAUUCCAACAAGAUGGAAGGGAAGUUGUGAAGGUGGAUCCAACUUUAACUGCAACAGGAAGCUGAUUGGAGCACGGUAUUUCAACAAAGGCUAUGCAUCUGUUGCGGGACCUCUCAACUCAAGCUACGAAACAGCAAGGGACGACAAUGGGCAUGGAACACACACCUUAUCCACGGCGGGAGGCAAUUUUGUUGAAGGAGUAAGCAUUUUUGGGAAUGGUUAUGGCACUGCAAAAGGGGGUUCCCCUAAAUCCCUUGUUGCUGCCUAUAAAGUAUGUUGGCCUCCCGUGGAGGAUGGUGGAUGUUUUGUGGCCGAUAUUUUAGCUGGCUUUGAAGCUGCCAUUAGUGAUGGAGUUGACGUGCUGUCGGUUUCACUCGGUGGACGUGUUCAAGAAUUUUAUGACGAUAUACUAGCUAUAGGGUCCUUCCAUGCAGUGAAGAACGGCAUCACUGUUGUUUGUUCUGCUGGAAAUUCAGGACCAUAUGAAGGCACUGCCUCAAAUGUUGCACCAUGGAUGUUAACGGUAGGAGCUAGCACAAUUGAUAGGCUUUUUACCACAAACGUGACAUUGGGAGACAAGAGGCACUUCAAGGGUGAAAGUCUUUCAGGUAAAAUAUUGCCAGCUAAGAAGUUCUAUCCGUUGAUUCGUGCUUUAGAUGCAAAAUUCAACAAUGUCUCUGAUUAUGAAACCGGACUGUGUCUUGAAGGGACUCUUGAUCCUAAAAAGGUAGAAGGAAAAAUUGUAGUUUGCCUCAGAGGAGACAAUUCAAGAGUGGACAAAGGUUACGUGGUUGCUCAAGCAGGUGGUGUAGGGAUGAUUCUUGCUAAUGAUUUGCUUGGUGGGCGUGCACUUUUGUCUGAAGCACACAUACUUCCUGCUUCACAUAUAAGUUAUACCGAUGGUGAAUCAGUCUACAAAUACAUCCAGUCUACUAAAACUCCAAUGGCUUAUAUGACUAGCGUGAGGACUGAGUUGGGAAUCAAACCAGCACCAAUUAUGGCUUCAUUCUCGUCAAGAGGUCCCAACGUAAUUGAGCCCACAAUACUGAAGCCUGAUAUAACAGCACCAGGUGUGAACAUACUAGCGGCUUUCUCUAACAUAGCACCACCGACUCAUUCACAUUUUGAUAAACGUCGGGUUCUAUAUAAUGUUUUAUCGGGCACUUCCAUGUCAUGCCCCCACAUUUCUGGCAUAGUUGGCCUUCUCAAAACCCUUUAUCCAAAAUGGAGUCCAGCAGCUAUCAGAUCUGCAAUCAUGACCACAGCUGAAACGAAAGCUAAUGACUUAAAUCCAAUACUAACCUCAAUAGAGGAGAAAGCAGGCCCAUUUGCAUAUGGUGCAGGCCAUGUCCAACCAAACAAAGCAGCAAAUCCUGGCCUUGUUUACGACCUCUCCACCCAAGACUACUUGAACUUCUUAUGCGCCCGUGGCUAUAAUAAAACACAAAUGAGACUAUUCACUAAUGAUACUUCAUUUGUUUGUUCAAAAUCAUUCAAAGUAACAGAUUUGAACUACCCAUCAAUCUCCAUAUUUGAUCUGAGAUCAAAGGAAGUGAACAUCAAAAGAAGAGUGAAAAAUGUAGGAAGUCCAGGCACGUAUGUUGCUAAAGUAGAGGCACCGCCAGGAAUUUUGGUUUCAGUAGACCCAAGUACUUUGAAGUUCACUAAAUCGGAUGAAGAGAAGGAUUUCAAAGUUGUGUUGAAGAGGGUGCCAAAUAAUCAAACUGAAAAUCAUGUAUUCGGAAAACUAGUGUGGUCUGAUGGGAAGCAUCGUGUUAGUAGUCCAAUUUCUGUGACACUAUUGAUGUGCUAAAAUUUCUUGUCAUGUUCACCGUUCUUAUGGCUAAUAAUAAUGGAUUUUUCGUUGUUUUU